AUGUGUCUUACCAACAGCUCCGCUCGACUCUGCGGUGACGCCCUCUCGUACUACGCAGCCAAGCCGAACAAGCAACGCGGCUUCCGCUGGUGUGUCCGCACGCGUGCUACUAUUCUCUUCCACCUCUACUGCCGCCGCAUUCUUCCGUCCGACCUUGACCGCAUCUUCUACUCCGACUUGAUCCCAUGCCUCCGCGCCGAGUGCCACAUUUUGGAUCAAGACCCGGCCUGGGCCUUUGUUCUUCCCCAUUUCGACAACCUCGUGCGGCACUACGCGACCAAAUGGGUGACAAGUGCCGCCAAUGGGCUGCUCGUUCGCUGGAGCGGAUCUGGCUGGCAGUGGGAUGAAACCCAGACAGAACCGUGGGCAGCCGGCGGUAUUGAUGCUGUUGAGGCGUGGAUGCGCCAGAAACAACCUGGCACCCUUGUCGACAAUUUCAGCACGCUGUCUCUCGAGAUGGGUCAGCAUCAAGACCAUAAGAGCACGUCAAACCCUGAGAACAUCCCCUUUGCGUUAAUUCCGUCAGACACGCCCACUCCCACUGUCGAGACCCUCUGCGUCGCGGCCAACAACGCGUGGGCAAAUCUCGAAGACGUGGCCUUCAACCCGUGGACCGCCGACGGACCGGUCGAUCCCCUGCCUACGCCGUCUGCGGACUCCCUGGGGUACGCGUCCUCUUCGGCAAGCCUCGAGAUAAACGACACUAUCAUUACCGUCCCUGAGACUAUUUUAUGUAACUCAGAGCGACACCCGGCGCGGAGCAUCAUUGGAAACAGCACUAUCAUCACUGCCCCCGCGACAGUUGUGUGUAGCCCGCAGCAACGCCAGGCAUCGAGCGGCGUCGGUAAUGCUAGUAAGACUGUUUUCAGGCUGGGUACACCUGAGCAGCACCCUACUGAGUCGUUCAGGAAUGCGCUGGAGUGUCAGCGCGCGGCACAGAGGCUCAUGGUGGAGGCAGAGGUGGAGAUGAAGUAUCAUGGUCUGUUCGGGUCUGUGUAG